UCAGUCGACGGCCGGCUGCGGUUGCUAAGCACCGGAAAGGGAAGAGCAGGCAUUAUUUUCAAGAUGGUGGCGGACGGGGCGGGCUCUCUGGAGGUGAAACCUGUUAUGACUCCCAACCUCUGUUUAUUUGGAAAUGCUCACUUUGGAAACAAAAAUUUGCAUGCAGAAAGUGGGAACAUGGUGAAGCAGAAUGACGCAUUUGGUCAUUAUGAGCCACAGGUAAAUAGCACUCAACAUGGAAUGGAGGCCCAGUUGCGCCCCCUGCUGUUUGGAGGAAUAACAAAUACACCCUCUGCCAUGGGACCUCCACAGUUCUAUGGUAGCUGGUCAACCUGUGGAGAUGAUUCCCAUUCUACUCUUUCAUUCCCUGACCACAUCAGAAAAAGGUCACAAGAAAAUGUAUCGCAUUUUGGCCACGGCCCUGAUGUGCUUGGUUUAGUGGCAAACAUCUUGGAAGAGCCAAACAAGCAGGAACAUGCUACAGAUUGGAAUUCUCUGUCAAGACUGUUUCCCCCAGUGUGGUCACCCAACUUUGAAAACGACGGGAGUUUCUCGGGGCUUUUUCCUGCAAAAAAAAUGGAAAGUGAAAACUGCAAUUCUGCUAGUUCUCCGAAGCUUUGUGAAGAAAACCUAGGAAAGGCCUCCUCCAUAGGGCUAUUAAAAAAAGAAUGCGAGGAGCUGCAAGUGAACAGAGCCCGGUUUCCACCGUCACAGCCUUUCAUGCCUUCUCCCCAUGAGCUCUCAAAGAUGGCCAGUUUGGACGACAACACUUCUAAGAAUGGAGGGAUCGGUUUCUUCAGUUAUGAGAAGAGUCAUAGUGGAAGCACUUCAGCAUCUCGGCCUCAAAUGAAAGAUAGCACCAAUACCUACAGAGAAUCCCCCAAAACUGAUGCUGCUGGAGGCAAGCUUGGGAGAAACAGCACAGAAGGAUCAAGCAAGUAUUUUGAGUAUUUGUCUAACACUGCUGUGGAUAGAAUAUGGGACCCAAUGGCAAAGGAAAACGGUUUGUAUGCUAAAAGAACCUUUUCAGCUGCUCCUGACUCCAGGCACUUUAGCUUCAGUCAAUCACUUAAUAAGGAAAAUGGCUUUCCUAAAGGAAUGGAUGGGAAAUUUGAGGAAAUUUGCCCACAAAACCACUCCAAUAGGACCAAUUUUGUCCAUACUGAAUGUAAGAACCCUGUACAUCCUGGGAAAGACUCUAAUUAUCAGCUGUCUCUGAAGCCAGCUGCAGAGAAUAUGGAUUCAUCUUACAAUGGAUACACCUGGCUGGAUGCUAAAACACAAAAUCCAAUCACUACAUCAGGUGUAACGUAUGGAAAGCAAAUGCAAAUUAAUUCUCAGUUAUCUUCAGGGCCUCGGUCAGGUGGGCCUUCUGCAAAUGAGUCGCCAAUGUUAUCCUCAGGAAGGGACAGGAAACUGCAGUUUUUCACAGACAUUUCCCACAAUUCAGGAUAUUCCGGUUGUUCUGGAAGCCAGAAACAGCAUAACCCUCUUGGACCCUCCCAGGGUGAUUCUGCACUGCGUACUGAGGGAAGCUUUGGUAAAAUGCCACUUACCGCUUCCUCCAGCUGUAUAUCACAGCAGUAUUCUGCAAAUGCAUCUGCACAGUACCAUAGAUAUGACACGAAGCAGAAUCAAAACAAUACUGAUGAGAGAAUUGCGCAGAAUGAAAGGAGACGUAAAAAUAGUUGGAGUCAACAUCCGGGCUUCCCAGGUCCAGAUCGAACACAGUUUGAUGUCCUGAGAAGAAAUCAGGAACAGAACGGUGCCAUCUUUCCUGACUACAUCAAUCCUUCUUUCCUCCCUCUUUUCCCAUUGGUAUCUGCUUAUAAACACCUGCCUCAUUUUCCUCUGUUUCCUCCUCCUCCGUUUCCGUCGCCAUUUAACCCUGCUGCCUUUUCCCUGCUGCCGUUUCCGUUGUCUGAACUUGUCGAUCUUUUCCGCUGUGAGGAUUUCUCCCACAUCAGUCCUUUCAUCAGUGACCUUUGCGGAGGAGAUAAUACGGCUGCGCCGUACUUUGCCUUUCCGCCGCCUCUGAACCACUACAGGCCUCCAAAGAGUCGCAGCGGGCCGGCCAAUGAGCUCCACAUUCACCUGGAAGAGUGUUAUGAACAGCUUAGAGCUCUAGAGAGGGAACGCAAAAAGGCAGAGGCAGAUCUAGCAAGACAUUUCCCAGGGAAGCGCGUAUCCGGGUCAAGUAAUGCUCCGUUUUCUCGGCUUCCUGCAAAGCCUUCCAGAGUGGAUCGUCUGAUUGUGGACCAAUUCCGAGAGCAUGCAAAGGUAUACACUUUACUAGAGAAAAUGGAGCACAUAUCUGGCAGUCCUGUUCAUAGAAACAUAUCGGCCACUUUGGGACGUCACCUGGAAGCCAUCUGGGCUACGCAAGCAAGACGCAAGGCUGAAGUGGUGAAUUCGGUUAAUCCUCAAAGGCAACAGACAUCUCGUCACCAUAAUGAAAAAGAUAUCCUUGCUCUGGCCGCCGCUAUUAAAGACCUGGCUUUCUUCACGCGGAAAACACGCACCGCUUUGUGGUGCGCUCUUCAGAUGACUUUGCCCAAGAUGCCAGGAAGUGCUUCGGCCAAGAAGGAGGAAGUGGAAAGGGCCUUGCAGGAACUCUGUCCUGCAGGUAGCAGCUUCCAGGCAAACGGUGUCUCGGGACACGAAAUCAAACCAAGCAAGAGAGAGGGCAACGACGCAAAUGAGAGAACCUUAACGCAGGGCAGAAGAUAAGUCGCACUUGGCAAAUCUAGCAGCCUUUCCACUGCUGAUCUUCAAGCCUAGAUGCAUCUGUUCUGGUCAAAGUAUUUCAGCGGUUUUGGUCUUGCUGUUGUGCAUUCUCCGUGAGUUGACUUAAGUCAGGCAUGGGCAAACUUUGGCCCUCCCUCCAGGUGUUUUGGACUUCAACUCCUACAAUUCCUAACAGCCGGUAGGCUGUUAGGAA